UUCAUCUUCUCCUCCUCCUCCUUUCUUGAUGCUCACUCGCCUAUAAAUAGCUCUCGCUGCCUGCCAUUGUUACUCAAGCUAGCAAGCAAGAAGCACAAAAGAAGCCAACACCAAUCAAGGCCUCCAUCCAAUCCCAAGCAACCUCGAAGAUGUCUUGCUGCGGAGGAAGCUGCGGCAGCGCCUGCAAGUGCGGCAACGGCUGCGGCGGCUGCAACAUGUACCCCGAGGUCGAGGCCGCCGGCGCCACCCUCCUCGUCGCCGCCACCGCCACCCACAAGGCGAGCUCCGGCGGGAUGGAGAUGGCGGCGGAGAAUGGCGGCUGCGGCUGCACCCAGUGCAAGUGCGGCACCAGCUGCGGCUGCUCCUGCUGCAGCUGCUAGAUCAUUGAUCAUCGAUCAUGCAUGCACCGCGCGCAUGCAUCAUAUCUAUGAUCGAUCCAUCCAUCCAUCUAGUACCAUGUAACGCUACCUGAUCGAGGGUCUUUGUAUGUAUGUAAGCACCUGCCAGCAUGAGCAGAGCAGGUGCACUCCCAUGCAUGUAAACCGACCCCUAAAUAAAAUCUCCCGUGGUUUAACCUA